CGGACGAUUACGGCCGAAAUACCCCACUCUAUGCCCAGAGGCUGCGCCGCACGGUGUCUGGGUUGAUUCAGACUUGGAAUCAGUGAAACUGGCUCGCGACAUCUUGUGUCGUUGUCUUCGCGUGUGGUCAACAUCGUCAUUCUUGUUCGGAAUCCACGUUUCGGAAAGGAAAAGGCGGCUUUCGGAGUAUACUUUACCUUAUCGGAAGCGAGCGACCGGAAUAAUCACCUUGUGAACGUUAUAACCGGGAGAAUGGAUUUCGAAAAAGUGUACGAGAAGGCUCUCGAAGACAAGACUCUUCCGGGAUACGCACUGCUAGCUGGGGACAAGAAUGGCAAGAUACUGUACUCUGGAGCAAAGGGCGUGCAGUCGCUCAGAUCCGACUCAUCGCGGCCAUUCCAACUGGAUACGAUAUGUGCCAUCGCUUCGAUGACGAAGCUCAUGACCAGCGUGGCGGCUCUACAGUGCGUGGAGGCAGGUCUGUUGGAUCUGGACAAAUCUGUUUCCGACGUGUUUCCGGAGAUGGGCAAAUACGGCAUCAUCACCGGGUUCGAUGAUGAGAAGAAUGAGGCGACAACGGUGCCCAAUCAUACUCCAAUCACGCUUCGGAUGUUGCUGAGCCAUACGAAUGGCCAUGAGUAUGACUGGUUCAAUCCACUCCUCAUGAAAUGGCGUGCGAGUCGUGGUGAAGAGCCUUGGGUUGGUCCAACGGUCGAGCAAAAAUCCACUCUGCCCUUGAUCUUCGAGCCCGGUACCAGCUUCCGGUACGGCGCCGGUUCGGACUGGGCGGGUAAACUGGUCGAAAAGGUGACUGGAAAGACACUGGACGCGUACAUGUCGGAGAAGAUAUGGGAGCCUCUGGGUAUCAAGGAUAUCACUUUCUAUCCGAAGAAGCGGCCUGACAUGGAAGAUCGGAUGGCUACUAUCAGCACUCUCAACGAGCAAGGUGAAGGUCCUGCGGCCGAUGCUCCGGACUUUGAUAUCCUCUUCGGCGGAACAGACUGUCUCGGUGGUGGUGGCGCAUUCGCGAGCUCUAAAGACUACUUCACCUUCCUUCAGGCAGUCCUCCGCCGCGACUCCAUGCUCUUAGACGACGCUUCUUGGACCGAGCUUUUCAAGCCCCAGCUAAACGAGCAGUGCAAGAAAGCCUUCAACGAGUACAUCACUAGCUCGCCCUUGCACAAGCAGUACCUCGGCAUGUGUAUUCCGACCGACAUCGAGAAGACCUGGAGCUUUGCUGGCAUGAUUUGCGAGAAAGGGCAGGAAGGACGGAUGAGCGAUCGAACGAUCUUCUGGGGAGGAGUGCCGAGCAUGGCAUGGUACCUUGACUUCGGGGCGGGGCUCUGCGGUGUCGCUGCUUGCCAGAUCAUCCCACCGAUGUCGCCAUCCAUAAUGGCUCUACACGAGCAGUUUCAACGCGGCAUAUACCAGAGCUUCGGGCCGAAGAAGAAAUGAACGAACAGUAUACGUUGGGCUGAUGAGGUGACUGGUUUAGCUUGACAGCAGUAGGAACGGCCUGUUGGCGAUCAAAGAUUUGACGCUCUUUGCUGUAUGCACCGCGUUUAGGAACACCUUAACGAAAUACUGAGGCUUGCUAGCCUAUUAACAGGUUCUAGAAAGAGUGUAUCCAAGAAACAAAACAGUAUCACGUGGCGACACGUUUUCUAAG